UGUCACAGGAGUUGGACGUACAUCGAAACGCAGAGAGUUUAGUCGCUUGUGCCCUGUUUGUCGAGUUCCUCAUGCGUCAUGAUGAACUUGAUUGUUUGUGCUGGUGCAGUGCCUUUUGGCUACACAAGUGAAAUGAAUGACUGUGAUUAUCAGUGCUUUGGCUACGGUGACCAGUGUGUGACUACGGCCGAAAUGAACUGGAGAAACUUACAAAUCCCGCAGGCCCAGGCGCCCCUACCGGACGUGAUCCUGAGCAACACCCCCCCUCCCUCCCCCCUCCGGCGCGCCCACUCCUACCACUUCCUCUUCCCGGAGGAGAGCCCCGCCCCCCCGGCCGCCAGAAGCAACAAGUCGUCCUGGGCGCCGCCCCGCCGCCCGCCGCCCGCCCGCGCCCAGGAGGAGCCGCAGGAGCGCGACGCCCUCCGCGCGGGCCUCGGACACAUCCAGGAGGUGCGCCGGACGCUGCUGAGGGAGGAGCCGCCGCGCGCGCACCACGCCCCCCUCCCGCACGACCUGCCGCAGCUGUCGUGGGCGGUGCCGCGCCUCCAGCAGGCCUCCUCGACCAGCAGCCUUCCCCACGCCCGCACCUGCGCCCACGACGGCGGCCCGGGCGGGGAGCGCGCGCGGGCGGAGGGCCUGACGGAGCAGGAGCGGCGGUGGAAGCACAUCGGCCAGGACCUGAGGAAGCUCGCCGACCAGUUCACGCUCGACCACGCCAAGGUCGGCACAAAGCAGGACGAGGAGGCACCGCUCAGUCUCUCAGUGCCUGUGGCAGUGACGAGAUGCCUCACCGCCACCAUCCUGUGCCUGGUGUGGUGGCGUCUCCUGAACAAGUUCCGCUGAGUGAGGCGAUGACGAUGACGAUGACGAUGGUAAUGAUGACCGUUUUGGACAGGUCGAAGGAUAUUUUUUUUUUCCGUUUUUUUUUUUUUUUUUUUCUCUUUUGGAUAUUUGUUUUUGGUUCGCAGUGAACUCGCCUCCCGGAAGAAGAGGGAAAAAGGAGGAGUGAAAGACUGAGGAAGAGAGUGGAUAUUUUUUAAAGGGAGUUUCUCCUUUUUUUUUCGUCGGAGAGAAAUAAAGGUGUUGGUGGAAACGGUUGAUUUUCCACUCAGCUGACGCGGGGAGGCGUUCGACGCGUUCGUUUCCCUUCCCGUCUCUCUCUCUCUCUCAAACUCUCCUGGACGAACCGAAGCCGAGGUCGGAGUUCACUGCUUGAUUUUCCUACCUCAAAGGUUCAGCUACUUCUGCCAUUCCUCCAUCGAUGAUAUUGACGAGCCUCCUUUUUUAAGGGCCAAAGAAAGACACACAUAAAACAAAGAAAGAAGAAAAAAAAAAGGUUGUAGAGAUAAGGAAACUGUAUCUCGCUUAUCUUACUAGCCAAAUCAUUGUUUUUUUUUUGGCGAAGAACAAGUGGUUGUAGAAAAUACGUUGUCAUUAUGUACUUUUUAAAAAUUGUAAUGAACUUUUUUAUCGAAUGUAUCCCGGUUACCUUUGGAUUCGCCAGCACAAAAUCGAGGAGAUUUGAACAGGAAGCAAAAAUGGUCUUGUUAAUUAAUGGAGAGCAUUGGUAGUCUCUGCUCAUCAUUAUGCAGUCGGGAUAUGUGCAUUAGCUUUCUUGAAAAUGGUGUAGUUAUCAAUUUUUUUCUUUGUUUUUCCUGUUAAUUUUAUUAAUGCAUUUUUUUCUGGCAAAUCCAUGUAUUGAAAAAAAGACAGGUCGCCACAUCAGAUUGAAAUCCUUCAAAUAAAUUAAAAAAAGAAAGUUGUAGUUAUUUGUAGUAUUGUUAUUAUAGCUUUUAUUAUUAUUAUUAUUAUUAUCAUUAUCAUUAUUAUUAUUAUUAUUAUUGGUAUUGAAAGAUAUCUGAUGUGGCUUUGUCCUUAAAUGCUUGUUCAUUUUUCCAAAUUCACGAAGGUUUUUGAAAAUGCGCGUCAACCUUCCUAAACCUGCCAAUUGAUGAUUAACUAGCCACUACCCUGGCGUCUUUCACUAGAUAAAAAAAAGAAAGAAACUUAAAAAAAAAACAUAGAAAGAAUUAUUAGGCUGAUGGAAGCUCUGGUUCCUCGUGACGGAAAAAAAAGAGAAAAAAAAUAUAUAUUUGGACAAUUAAUAAUGAAUGUCCUUCCGCCCCGCGAACCAGGCUUUUCCGAGGCCGCCCUUAAACAACUUCCCUGUGGGCGUUUGCGAUCACAUCUGCGUGAAAGACGGUGGGUCAUUUUGAAGGCUUUUGAUGAACGAAAGGAGAAGAAAAAAAAAAAUGAAGAUAAACAGUGUCAGUUUGUUUGCUUUUCGUCUACCCUUUUCUCUGCCAAUACGUCAUUUUUUUAUUUAUAUCUUAUUUUUAUCUUUUUCUUUUACAUAUAUAUUCGAGCAGAGACACUUUUAGUCUUAUUCAUUUACUUGUGUUAUGUAUUACUUAUGUUUAUUUGUUAUUAUUAUUCAUUUUUACAUAGAGCCGUGACACUGUUUCCCCCUUUCCUUCACGCAAGCCUGUGAUUCGACCACAACACCGAACAUUUCACGCGCGUGCGACCAGCUCCGCCCACUCAAAGGGAAGGAAAAAAACUUGGUGUAGCUUUACUACAAGGUAAACGAAGGAUCUCAUUCACCACUAGUAUUUUAUAUAAAUAUUAAAAGAAAAUGUUCUUUCCGAGGUGGCGAGGAUAGGCCUACGGGGAUUUGUAGCGUAGGCCUUUCCUUCCGUCCUCCAGUGGUUGAUUGUUGGCUCCAAGGCAGGAUUUUGCUCUGUAGGCCUAAGAAGAAAAGUGUUAUUUGUGAUUAUUGGGAAAAAUGACAAGAAAAUGAUUUUGCUGUAAAUAGAGUUUGCAGUCGUGAUUUCCGUGUCAUGCUCUCUUUAAUUCUCCGCGAGAUAAGCAAAGUAAGAGAGAAUUUGGUUGUACAUAUUUUUUUUUCUUAUGCCAUUGUAUUGAAUUUUGUGGCCGCGUACUUUUUGGAUCUAUCGAUUAAGUUUGCAUUCAAGUAACGAAGUUGUAAUGUGACUAUUUGAUUAUUCUGCCGAGAUUUUUGAUGGGCAUUACUUUAUUUGACCAGAAUCUUGCCUUGUGCUUUUGUAUAUAGCAUAGUUUAAUUGGUGCUCUAAGUCAUAUGUGAAUAAGCAAUAUUAUAUCCCUGGACACGGUGAGGCAACUCUUUUGUAGCUGAAAAAUACAAGGACUUUACAUUGAGUUUCGUGUGCCAUCUAAGCUUGAAAAAUUUAGCCUUGUAUGUGAGAACACGGAUGCUGUUCCUUCUGUUUUGCUCAAUUUAAUUAAGGGUUGUAUUAUCUCAGAGCCUUUCUGGAGGAUUUUGUGGGAGGGAGGGAGGGGGAAAAAAUAUCAAAAUUACAUCGAGUUCAGUUUAUGGGGAAGAAUGAUAAUGAAAAAAACAAAAGAAAAAAGUCAUUUUCAGGUGCGAAGAGGAUGCCAUUCUGUGUCCACGGUCAUCAAAGCUACAAGAAGUGAUACCCUGACUAUAUAUAUGUGAAUUAAAUCCUCUAGAGACGCAGACCUUCACUUGUGUUUUUUGUCAAAUUGUAAAAAAAAAAAAAAAAAAGCGGAAGAUGAAUUUUGAAGCCUUCUGUUUUAUUUUUUUUUCUUAAAAAGGUUGUUUACGGCGUCUCAUAGCACUUUCGAAAUUUUCGUUCCUUGUCAUUGGUCAGAUUUGGCGCCAAGUGCUCAAACGUGAUUGGUCCUCGUCGGUCUGCUGCUGGGCCGUGAUUGGUCGGUUGUUCUAGCCAAUCACACAAGUGUUGUGUCUCUUCCUCUAGCCUUGCUUAGUGAUUAUGACACUUACGUUCUUGUGUCAUUUUGACUAGUCUUUCUUUAGCCUGAGCUGACCUGGCUCUUUGGAGAACGAGGCUUUGUUAAAUAAAUAAGAUGACGAGACACCUAGACAAAAUUUUGCAUUUGGGGGCAUAAAAUCCGGAUUGUGGACCCGUAGGUUUGUCUCAGUUGUGACUUUGUUUUUUCUUAACUUAGUCUAUGUUCUCUCUUAUAACAGUGAUGCUAAAGUGAACGCAUGAAUAAAUAAAUAGAUAAAUAAAACUAGUAUUUAUAUAAAUACCUAAAAUGAUUGUUAACUUUUUUCUGUAUUAUAACUUGGAAUUGGUCACUUAGAUUUACUUAUAUCAAAAAGAAAAAAAGAAGAAAAAAUGUAAAAAAAAACUUUGGCAACACUGUAUCCACUAGUCAGCAUUAUCAGCAAUCAAAAUGAUCUCCAGUAAUUUUUGCCAGCUCUGUGCAAUUGAAAAAAAAAAAAAGAAAAACAACAAAAAAAACAUUUUCCCCACUCUCUGUCUAUCAAAUCUCGCCUUGGGUGCAUCCAGACAUUUUAUUUUUAUUUUUUUUAUUUAUUUACCUUUGAUUAUCAAAAUCCAUCCCAGUGUAUAUGUAUCUUCUCUUUAUUUAACUUUUAUUUUAUUAUAUAGUUUGUCUUGUAUAUAGUAAUGGGUGAUCAGCUUUUCUGUAAAUUAUAAUGUAGUGGAUAAGUAGACAUUUUUUUUGUUUUGUUUUUUUUUUGUUUUGUUUUUGUUUCAAAAUGUAUAAAAUCCCUCUGGAUUGCUCUUAAGUGUAGAGGUGUCGUAAGGACUAACAACUCACUACAUGUCCUGAGACUUUCGCCCCUAUGGACAGUUGGGCUUAAGAGAAAGACACUUUUUUUGUUCCUUCUUCUUUUUUUUAUUAUUAUAUAGGAAGCCAUCUUGUAAUUACUGUUUUGAAUAGAGACGCCGGUGAUGGUUUGAAUAAUUAUAUUUGGGGGUUUCUUUGUGUUUGGGUCAUUCAAAGUAGCUUUUUCGUCUUUUCAAAACUCGGGAAAAAAGUAUACAUAUUUUUCUCCUUUGCAAAGACUGUACGGUGUUGCUUUUAUUUUUUGCAGAUGGUUGGUAAAAAAAAAAAAACAAUGAUAAUAAUAAACUGUAAUAAUGUAAUUAAUAAUGAAAUAUAGCAGAUAACAAGUUUGCGAAUAGAUAAUAUAUCUAUCUCUACGUAUGCACCUAAAUGAGAUACAAAUUUGCUUUUAUUGUUUGUUUUUCCGGACCACUAGGUUCCGUCCAGUGUGGGAUAUGUCUCUCUUCACCCCGUCCUGUCUCUGCCCUUCCAUAUUUUUUAUCCUUACAGAAGAUAUGAGAGAGAAAAAAAAAAGUUUAAAAUACUAGCCUUUUUCUCGUCUUUCAGUAGAUGGGCUUUGGAGCUCGUAGUGUAAAUAUUGUACGUGUUAGUUUUAUAAUUAAGGUAGAUUGUGGUUCUCUUCUGACGCAGAAAUUCUGUCGCUUAGCAUUUGAAGGAAUUAAAAAAAAAAAUGGUUUUUGGAUAUUGGUCAACUUUUCGUCUCUGGGUUUUUUAUUAAUGAAUUUGAUAGUUUCUUUUCGUGUUUUAAUGUGUAUCAUCUCCAUUAAAAGAAAAAGAAGCUUUCUUCAUUCUUGUUAUGAAUUGUGUAAGGCUGUAUUAUUAUGUUGUGUGGUAUUUUGUAGAAAUAUCCAGAUGUUUGAUAUUAUAUACUAUGUGUGUCAUGUCAGUAAGCACAAAAAAGACAUUGUAAUCUACUGCACGAUAUGUUUUGGUGUCCCCCCCCCCACUGCCAGGCGUAGGAAGUGUCAAUUGCCACAGCCUUAAAAUAAUGCCUUUUUUUACACAAAUUUGUAACGUUUGAAGUAUGAGUAGCAUGCACCAUAUUCUGCAUUUAAAAAAAAGGAAGUUUUUGAAUUUCUUCCUGUGCCUUUUUUUGUAUUUGACAACUGACCAUCCCAGAUUUUGAGCUUUCAAUUUUUCUUCUAUUUUUUAGAUAAGACUCAUUUUUUUAUAUAUAAAAGAAGACAUGGUAGUCUUUGUACUAAAAAAAGGCAAAGCUUUUUUUGUAACGUCAUAAAGACUUUUUGAUGAAGAUAUUUUCUGUACUGGGAUGAAAAACCCGCAUGUUAGGGGCAGUUUUCGAGUCCAGACGUCAACCUCAAUCGGUGGCCUGGUGGGACAAGAGACUAAAACUUUUUUUCCCUCCCUUCUAAAAAAAACGAAAAAAAAGACCAAUUAAUAAAACACACCCCAGUGAUUCAUCAGCACAAAAAAAAAUCAUGUAUCGACCUUCAAAAAACAACAACAACAACAUGAUAUUGAGUUGUGUGUGAUUAAACCUACGAAUAGAAGAUAUAUAUCCCCCCCCCUUUAGAUUCGUAUGCCUUUCCUCCCACUAGGCCACCACGGUGUAAAUACCGGGACCACAAGCGCUCCACAACAAGUGCUAGAUCGUCACUAUCCAUUAUGUCUUUCAAAACUGUACAGACUUUCCAGUUUUGUAUUUACAAUAAACUGUAUUGUACGUA